AUGGAGUGGCAGAAUCUAGCGUUGGAAGCUACGACAGACAUCAGAUCCGAAGAAAUGGAGGUCAAGGACCCGCUAGCGCCCGCGGCAACGUUGAUCCAGCGUCGGAAGGGCGAGGUGAGUCAGGAUCAAGAUAUUCCUGACUGCCCACCCUCAGACGAGUCGCCGUCGGAUAAGUCGCCGCCGAACAACUCGCCGUCGGAGAUGCGACCGUUGGAUCUAGCGUCUGUCGCGAGUGAGGAGUCAGAUCUGUCAUCUAUCGCAGACGGAGACUCUAUAUCGCAAGCCGUAACGGUCAAGGAGGCGCUAGAAGAUCUCGAUCAAGUGACGCCGGACAUAUGGGUGAUUAAUCCGCUGGUGGGGAAAACUACAGACAUGGGAAGGAUGCGAGAGGAAGAUGACCGAGAUGAAACCGAGGAUGUCAAUCUGGAUCAAUUACAAUUGAGAGGCCAAAAUCAAGGAACAUCGCCUGCGCCACAUCUAUGUCUCAAAAAAACGGACAUGGAUCCAUCAACUGGUGUUGAAGAUCAACCAGGCACAUCGGAUCUGGACCUUACCUGGGACUCAGAUCAAGAUUAUGAUGAAUGUGUGUAUUACCAUGAAGGAAGUGAUCUGUACGCCGAAGACGUCGAUGGUCAGAUGGCGGUACUGCCGGAAGUGCCUGUGACGACGGAGGAUGUGAAGAUCGAAGACAUUCAGCUUUGUGGAUCUGAUAAUCAGACUCCAGAAGAAAUUGACCGACUUCGCCAAAGGAUCUUGAAGUUCCGACAUCUCUUGAUCGGCAAGGGAAAUGCCCUUCCACCAGCGGCUAGAGGUGUGGUGUGUGAUAUCGACGUCGGGGGAGCGAGACCUAUCGCCCUCAAGUGCUGCAAGUUGCAGAUCCAGUUCAGGGAGAAGCUGGCAGAUCUGAUCAAGGGUUUAUUGUCCGCCAAGAUGAUCAACUACUCCAGA